UUAAAAAUCCCCAUGUACUCGUUGCUUGCAUUGAUCUCUGAAUCCCCACCUCGAACCUCCGAUCUCAUAAUACGGACAGCCGCUGCUGUCUUCGUCUCCCUCCCCUCCUACUGAAUUACCCUGCUCUGUUCUGUGUAACGUAGCUACCCCGCAUCUGUCCGCAAGCAAGCAAAAAGACAUGGCCGACAACGCCACCACCGACAACAGCAACGGCAGCAACACCGUCAUUCUCGGUGCUGGCAUCAUAGGUCUCUCAACAGCCUACUACCUGUCGCAAUCUGGUUACACGAACCCUCAGAGCAUCCAUCUCGUCGAUACCACCGAGGAAUUAUUCUAUUGUUCGUCAGGAUUCGCAGGCGGAUUUCUAGCUGCCGAUUGGUUCGCACCAUCAUCGGCCUCCCUCGGCAUUCUAUCUUUCCAACUCCACAAACAACUCGCGGAAUCGAACAACGGCCGCAAGAUCUGGGGAUACAGCAGGAGCACAGGCAUAUCGUACAGCCAGGACACCGAAUCGGCCAUCGACGGCAGCGGAGAAGACUGGCUGAGCAAUGGAACCAGUCGCGCUCAGGCUGCAGGCACGCGACACAAUGUCGAGUCCAACCGUCCCGUCUGGCUGAAGGAAGUGGACGGCGCGAGUUUGGAGGUUAUCAGUCAUGAUCGAAGCACGGCACAAAUAGACCCAUUGCGAUUUUGUAGGUGGAUGCUGGAGCAGUGCCUUCAGAAGGGUGUCCAGUUGCAUCAACCCGCGAAGGUUACUUCCAUAAACACCGACGGAGCAAGCCAGUUGAAUGGCGUUCGGAUACAGAAGGGCGGGGUCGAGGCAGAGCUACCAUGCACCAGGAUCAUCAUCACAUCAGGAGCAUGGGCACCGCGGACAUUCGCUUCUCUCUUCCCCAAAGCUUCGACACGGAUCCCAAUUGCUCCUUUAGCGGGCCACUCGCUCCUGCUCAAGAAUCCAUUCUUCAAGGAGCUGGAUGAGGAGGAAAUGUGCCACGCGAUCUUCGCAACAGACACCCUGGGCUUCUCACCGGAAUGGUUCUCGCGAGCCGGAGGAGAGGUGUAUCUCGCAGGCCUGAACAGCACGCAGAUCCCAUUGCCGGACCAAGCAACGGAAGUGAAGUGUAACCCCGAGGCGAUCCAGCAGAUGAAAGAGUGUGCGAAGGCAAUGAUGGGCACAGUGGAUAACAAGGAGCUAGAGAGCAUCCGAGAAUCACUGUGCUUCCGGCCAGUGACAUCUUCCGGUCGACCCAUCGUCGCACGCAUCCCGGACGAGAAACUCGGCGCAGGCAUCAAGACGCGACCCGGAAAAGAAGGAGGAGUUUUUGUGGCCGCGGGACAUGGAGCGUGGGGAAUCUCCCAAGCUCCAGGCACAGGACUCUGUCUAGCGGAGCUCGUCGAAGGAAGAGAGCCAUCGGCAAACCUUUCUGCAUUGGUUUUGCCUGCUUGAUUGCUCCUCGAUCGUGGGGGGAUUUCCAUCAGUGAAAUGGUGACUGGCGACUGGUGACGGAGUUUAAGGCGCUUCAAUAUAGAGGAAAACAAAAGGAUGGUAGUUGGUAGGAAAGGAAUGCACAUGGUAACAUAAAGGAAUUUCUCCCUUCUCUCUUAAAUGAAUUCUCCAGUUUGGGGGCACGAAAUAUUGUGGAAUUGAUCAGUAAAGGCUGUAUAAGUACUACAAAUGCUAGCUUGAAUCAUUCAAAUUCGCCUCUCG